GUGCCCGGUACCCACCAUGGCUGGGCUGCUGAAAAGGAAGUUUGACCAGUUGGAAGACGAUGACUCCUCACUCUGCUCGUCUUCGUCUUUGUCCUCCUCGGGCCACCACUCUGGCUCCUGCUCCCCAAGCUCUUCAGUCUCCCCAGCCUGGGACUUGGAAGAGGAGAGCCCCUGGGAUCAGAUGUCCCCGCCUGACCGAAACAUCUGUGGCCCCCAAAGUUUUACCCCCUUGUCCAUCCUGAAGCGGGCUCCCCGGAAGCGUCCAGGCCGCAUAGCCUUCAACGGCACCACUGUCUUCUACUUCCCUCGGUGCCAGGGCUUCACCAGCGUGCCCAGCCGCGGUGGCUGCACUCUGGGUAUGGCCCCUCGCCACAGUGCCUGCCGCCGCUUCUCCUUGGCCGAGUUUGCACAGGAGCAGGCCCGGGCACGGCAAGAGAAGCUCCGCCUACGCUUGAAGGAGGAGAAGCUGGAGGUGCUUCGAGCGAAGCUUACAGAGGCUGGGGUACCUGAGGCGGAGGCCGGCCUGACUCUGACCGUGGAUGCCAUUGAUGAUGCCUCUGUGGAUGAGGAGUUGGCAGAGGCCGUGGCAGGUGGCCGGUUGGAGGAAAUGACCUCCCUCCAUCCCUACCCGGCCCGGAAGCGGCGGGCCCUGCUGCGGGCUGCAGGCGUGCGGAAGAUCGAUCGAGAGGAGAAGCGGGAGCUGCAGGCUCUGCGCCAGUCCCGGGAGGAUUGUGGCUGUCGCUGCGAUAGGGUCUGUGACCCUGAGACCUGCAGCUGCAGCCUGGCGGGCAUCAAGUGCCAGAUGGACCACACAGCGUUCCCCUGUGGCUGCUGCAAGGAGGGCUGUGAGAACCCCAAGGGCCGUGUGGAAUUCAAUCAGGCGCGGGUUCAGACCCACUUGCUGCACACACUCACCCGCCUGCAGCUGGAGCAGGGGGCUGAGAGCCUUGGGGAGCUGGAGGCCCCUGCCCCGGGCAGUCCACCCAGCCCUGGUGGGCAGGUCCUGACCCCCCCUUUCCCACUGGCCAACCCCCCCGUGAGCAGCGAGCUGGGAGACCACAGCUGCAGCAGCGACAUGACUGACUCCUCCGCAGCAUCGGGCACUAGCGAGCCCCCUGACAGUCCUGCGCAUCCAGCCCUGCCUGACCCUGGCUUCCAGCCUGGUAUGGAUGAUGACAGCCUCGAGCGGAUCCUGAGAUUCAGUGACUCAGACCUGGGUGGAGAGGAGGACGAAGAAGGGGGUGUGGGGAACCUCGACAACCUCAGCUGCUUCCACCUCGCCGAUAUCUUUGGUUCUGGUGACCCCGGUGGCCUGGCUGGCUGGACCCACAGCUAUGCCAAUACCAGCUUCACAUCAGGCAUCCUGGAUGAAAAUGCCAACCUGGAUGCCAGCGGCUUCCUCAACAGUGGCCUUGAAGGGUUGGGAGAAGGCAGCCUCCCUGGCACCGAGGUGCCGCCCAGCAUGGACGCCGGCCAGAGCAGCUCAGUGGACCUCAGCUGGUCUUCCUGCGACUCCUUUGAGCUGCUCCAGGCCCUGCCAGACUACAGUCUGGGGCCCCACUACACCUCUCGGAAGGUGUCUGACAGCCUGGACAACCUUGAGGCACCCCACUUUUCCUUACCUGCCUUUUCCCCGCCGGGGGACACCGGCGUUUGCUUCUUGGAAUCCAUCAUGGGCUUGUCGGAGCCAGCUGCCGAGGACUCUGCCUUCCUUCUGGAACAGCCGGUUGUUUGAGGACACUGCCCUGGCAUCACUGCUGGAGCUCGUGCCGGUGCGAAGACUAGGGGGCCUUUUCCCGGCCCCGAAAGCCCUGUUGCUGCUGUGCCAUAAUUUGGGGGCUCUCUGGGGCCUGUAGGUAACCGUCUCCCAUUGGCCGGCUCACCCAUGUGGGCAUUCCUAAUUUCCAUGCAACCCUCUGGGUUGAUGUAUUAUUUAUUUUUGUAAUUUUCUGUGCUGGAGAGAGUGGGAGGGGGCUCCCCCCUUCAGCCACCCAGCCCCUGGUGCCCAGUUUCUCCCACUUCCAUGGCGCAUGCCAGGAAGAGGAGGGCAUGAUGUUUCUUAGCCUAAUGACAGCGAGACAGGGCUGGAAACAUCUACCUCUUCCGGCUUCUGCCACCCUGAGCCCUCCCCCCCUGGGUGGCUGAAUCCUCUGGACUGUGAAGAACAUAAUUUAUUUCCAUAAUUUAUUUGGAGACUAGGCAGCUUAGGCUUCUCAUCCCUGGCUGGGGUCAGGGUGGGGCACAGACCCCACGAGUCCCUUUUACCUGAUGGUCCUGCAGCCCUGCCCUGCCUGGUCUUAGGUGUAGACCAGAUGUGGAUUCAAACCCUGUGUCUACUGUGGCAGUGCCUGGCUCUGGAUGGUUGAGCAGGCAGAGGUUAGCCUCGGACAGGGUCUGGGCAGAGGAGGGACUGAGUUGACCAACCGUGACCCACUCAGCCCCCUCUACUUCCUGUCCUCUGCCCCAUCUCUCCCCUCCCCCAAGGGCCAUAGCCUUUAGUCCUGGUCCAUCAAUGUAGGAAGGGGAAGCAGGAGGCCGAGAGCGCGCAAGGGGCUUGCCUCAGUGCCUCGGGGCCCACCGCAUGCCCUUGAAGACAAUCUCAGGGCUUUCUGGACACUGCACUCCAGCCUGGCCCACCUGCCUAUACCCUUGGCCAGUUGGCCAAGACAAGGGGUGGUGCCUAUGGCUCUUAUGCCCGUUUGUUGAUGAUGAAUUUUGCAUCCUAAUUUCUAUAUUGUCCCUGAAUAUUGUAACUAUAAUUUAUUCAUUUUUUUCUCUGUGUCUGUGCCAAGGAGCCCAGGCUCUGGGCUUGCCUUCCUACCCAGGAGGCCGUCAGCCUGUGUGCUUGUGGGAACACCUUCUACCUGAACUUACAGGUACCAAUAAAAAGGCUCUAUUUUUAA